GCUGGAGGACGAAGCUCAGAAGAGACUAGAAGCUGAGAAUAACCUGGUCCUGUUCCGCAAGGACGUGGAUGAUGCCACGCUGUCCCGUCUGGAGCUGGAGAGGAAAAUUGAGUCUCUGUUGGACGAAAUUGCGUUCCUCAAGAAAAUGCACGAUGAGGAGAUCCAGGAGGUGCAGGUGAGUGUGCAGACCCAGCAGCUGCAGGUGGAGGUGGACUCGUACAAACCUGACCUGACGGGGGCUCUGCGGGACAUCCGGGCGCAAUACGAGAACAUCGCCGCCAAGAACAUGCAGGAGUCCGAGGAGUGGUACAAGUCCAAGUUUGCAGACCUGACUGACUCAGCCAAUCGGAACGGAGAGGCCCUGCGCCAGGCCAAACAGGAAGCCAAUGAGUCUCGGAGGCAGAUCCAGAGCCUGACCUGCGAGGUGGACGCUGUGAAGGGCAUGAACGAGGCUCUCCUGCGGCAGAUGCGCGAGAUGGAGGAGCAGUUCAGUGUGGAGGCGGUCGGUUACCAGGAGAACGUGUCCCGGCUGGAGCAGGAGAUCCGACACCUGAAGGAGGAGAUGUCCCGGCACCUGCGGGAAUACCAGGACCUGCUCAACGUGAAGAUGGCGCUGGAUAUCGAGAUCGCCACCUACAGGAAGCUGCUGGAAGGGGAGGAGAGCAGGAUCACGAUUCCGGUUCACAGCAUGCCCUCUGUCAGCUUCCGCAGCACGGACUAUGACCACGGCCAGGAUAGUCACAGCAAGAGGACAGUGAUGAUUAAGACGAUCGAGACCCGUGAUGACGAGGUGGUGAAGGAAUCGAGGAAGGAGCAACAGUGCGAGCAGGAUGAGUAGAGUCCAUGAAGAAAGAAACAGGAGCCGGGAAUCCCAGCUCACUGAAAGAUACAAGACAGCCAAGCCACCAGAACAACUACCAAUGCCUUAUUACCCUCCACUGCCACAGUACCUAGAGAAUGCAAAACAGCUACCAAUGCCUUAUUACCCUCCACUGCCCCAAUACCUAGAGCAUGCAAAACAGCUACCAAUGCCUUAUUACCCUCCACUGCCCCAAUACCUAGAGCAUGCAAAACAGCUACCAAUGCCUUAUUACCCUCCACUGCCCCAAUACCUAGAGCAUGCAAAACAGCUACCAAUGCCAUAUUACCCUCCACUGCCCCAAUACCUAGAGCAUGCA